AUGCUCACCGAGCACUUUGUCGCCGCAAUCGCCGCGCACACAAAACCGAACACCGGAGUCACCAAGGAUGCUGGCAUCUUUUACCACGAAUUCCAGCCAUUGGCCGCGCAAAGGCACAUCUUUAAGAAAAGCGCAUCGGCACCAAAUGGACUCGCCGUCAGCAGCUCGCACAUCUUCACGGCGCAGGCGGACAAGGCGCUCAUCCAUGUAUAUAGCAGAGAUAAGGGUAAUCAGGAGGCUUUGAUCCCUUUCCCAGAGAAAAUACACAGCAUCGCCCUGGCACUGGAGGAUACCGUCCUCUUGCUUGGGACAGGCAGUGGGAGGAUUCUAGCGUGGGAGAUAACCUCAGGCCGCCUCGUAUCUACGUCCACUUCGCACCUUCAGCCCGUCACCUCGCUCAUUGUAGAUCCUACGUCGAACUUCUUCCUCUCCGGCUCUCUAGACUCCAUGAUUCAUGUCUGGGCCCUACCCAACAUUCUGUCCUUCGCUCCCGAUAGCUCUCGCACUCCCAUUCAUACUCUAUCUACCCACCGCGCCGCAAUCACUUCCUUGGCUUGCGGCCACAGUCAUUCUACGGCCAACAUUGCUGUUUCGAUAUCAGAAGACAAGUCGGCCAUCGUUUGGGACUAUCACACUGGGCAGGCAUUGAGGACAUAUCUUCUACCCGAGGCCCCCACUGCCGUGACUCUGGAUCCCGCCGACCGGGCUUUCUUCGUCGCAUAUGAAGAUGGCAGUUUACAAACUGUAUCGUUCUAUGACGAACUCCAGCAGACGACACCUGUCGACAUACUCCGCGAUGGAUCCGUGUCUCAUCAGCCCAUCCAGCCUUCCUCAAAGUCUAGGUUUAACGCCGAAUCGCAAAAGUUGGGCGGAGCAGUGAGCGUAGCAUUGAGUUGGGAUGGGCAGACAUUGAUCUCAGGGCACGCAAGCGGCAAGAUUGCAUCAUGGGACAUCGCGAAGGGAAACUAUAUUUCUACGCUAGGAAACCUUCCUGGACCCGUAACCAACUUGCAAUUCCUAGCCCCGACGGGGUUCCCCAAUGCGAAGGAGCCAAAGUUCAAGGUCCACACCGUGGUCAAGCCCAGGCAGGAUCUGGGCUCGCUUACCAACGCCGCUGCAGUCGUGCCAUCGAAUUACAGUUUGAACGUGCAGCUCACGGGCAGAGUCGACGUCCCGGCUGUAUCUGCAACAGACGAGCCGAGAGCAGGGCCUUCGCAAUUUGAAGAAGCCCUCGCCCACCCUAGUUUUCCGUUGUCCAUGCUAGAAGAAGGAAUCGCGGAAUUGGAGAUGUGGGGAUCGGCACCUACCAGCGCUGCCGUGGCACCAGCAGCUGACUUCAUGUCUCUCUCAGCCCUGCCUGCAGACGCAGAAGAGGGCACCCAGGACGGCGCGGCCUCUGCCUCCUCCCAGGCCCGCAUCAAGGAUCUCGAGAAGCAGCUAGCAAGCCUCCAGCGCAUACAGAAGGUCACCUUCGAGCAACUGUCCACCUCUCGCUCGCAGGUCGACUUCCUCACACGACGAGAGAGGAAGCGCGCAGCGCAAAAGCAAUUCCGCGCCAACAGCAACAGCAAGAAGGGCGUCGCCAAUGGGAAGGAUGCGAAUGGCGAUGUGGAGAUGAGUUCGGGAGAUGACGACGGAAGUUCCACACCCUCGGGAGCAGAGUCGAACGAUGGCGAGAGCGAUGGCGAUGACGGUGCCGGAGCCUCGGGAAAAGCCUCAUGA